AUGACAAACGUUGAGCCCAGGCGAGCCAAGGUAUUGUGGUGGGAUCCCGAGAGAGUCCAUGUCCUCUGCCCGUGGUGUGAAAGAUCUCAUAGUCACCAAUUUUCCAAACCAUAUCACAAUCAGCUUGGAGACGCACCUUGCCGCCCUUCACACAGCGGCGCAGCGACUUACAGCAUUGACUAUCCAAUCGAUCCGGCUAACAUAGGCUACGAGAUCGACAAGGAGAACUGCCGGUACAUGACCAAACUCGGCUUGGAACAUCAAAAAGACAUACUUAGCGAUGCUUACAUGGAAGACCGGCGAUGGGGAUUUCGAAAGGAAAUCGAGAAAAAGCAGACUUGGUCAGCCACGAUGGAAAAGUCAUUGGUCGGCAAGGACGCAAAGGAGAAGAAAACGAUGGGAGAGGACGCCACUAUUCGGCUGGAUGAUACCAUAUGCUUCAGAAUGAUGCAAGGUGACCUGGAAUUCGUCAAGAACUUCCUCGAGUCGUCCUCGGAUGCUGCUCCUUUUUUGCAUGGGGUUUUUUCGGAAUUGCAUAGCAAGCAGUCUGCUCCUGAGAGCGGCGGAAUAGGGUUCGAUCAAUUCCCCUAUGGGACAACGGCUCUACACAUAGCAGCCCGAGGACAGUACCCCGAAAUUGUUCGUCUUCUUGCAACCAAAGGUGCCAAUAUCGACGCACAAGACAUCAGCGGUUACACUCCACUCAUGGAAGCAGCCUUUUGGGGGCGUCUAGAGAAUGUACAAAUCCUGCUCGAUCGUGGAGCAAAUGCAAUGCUGAAGUGCAUUCAUGAUGGUCGCUUGAAAACCGCACAAGAACUUGCUGAGAACACCAGGAGCAAUGCCUGGAUUCGGAGAAGGCGCGUUGGAGGCCCUACGUGCGAGUCCCUCGUCAACGAUGAUACAUAUGCGAGAGAUUGUGAUCGUGAUGAUAUUCGCCAUCUACUCCGCGGUAGAAUGUUCAAGGAUCCCACCGUGCCUGCGCACCUUGCGUUACAAGGGUUCGCGUUUAGAAAAGACAAAGAGAAGCCUGAACUCUUGUCUUUCACGACGUACUACAGUCUUUUCGGUAAGCGGAAAGCUGCUGCAGUAUUACAUCGCGGUCGAAACCUCCCUGAUGUGUCUGCGAUGAGCGGUUGGGCCCAUGAUGAUGAAAGCGACAAGCCUUUCGUCUCAGGGAAUGAAUGGACAGCUAAAGUGCUAAGCUUGAGUCAGAGAUUCAAUCUUCAGCUGCAGCCAAGCGAACACGACGGCGACAAAGUCGGCCGUGUUGAGGCGAGCCAUGCGGAGAAACAACUUAUCGCGUACCUGAUUGAUCGGCACUGGUUCAUGAAGGAUGAGAUGAUAUUGCCGGACCAGAUGGACGAACUUGCGGAGAGUGCGGCAAACUUGGACAUUCAGGAUUCUGACGAGGCAAGGUCACGGCAGAGGGAGAGAGUGAGGAAAGAAAAACUCGGCAAGUUGUAUGAAAUCAGGCCAGCGGACAGACUAAAGGAGGCGGCAAUCAUGGUGAACAAGCCCAAUUGUGAAGAAUGCCAGCGCUUCAUUCAGGGUGUGAGACCCUCGGAGUUGGAGUUGGACCUGAGAGUGCACGGUUAUCGCACCAUUGACUAG